CGUCAUUGUAAAUACGAAGUUGUUCUUAACUGACUUGCCUAGUUAAAUAAAAAAAUUCAUUGACAGCAUGGCCAAAGUUGAAUGUUUAAUUUUAUAGGAAAAGAGACCCUUAUUCUUAGACUUGAAUAGCAGGCUAAUGCUUGCAGUUAGCUACUGAUUCCUUCCAAAUCCCUCCUUGUUGAAUUUUGCGAUUUCCAGCUUGUGUAAUGUUAAUGGUCAAUGAGCACUGAUACAUUUAAUCUAUGUUCUCAUUUAUCUCAUGACAAGGAUUUGCAUGUAGAUUGUCGACUUCAUAACUGCUAGCUAAGAUUGUGACAGUAUGACAUCAGUCCAAUCAAAGCUACUGUAGAUAUAACAUGAUUUGUCAUAUCUGUGGCCAAUGACCCGGAGCCUUCUUGGAUGGGCACUUCUAAUGUAACUAUGGCAGCACCCAAGGGGCUUGAAUUUUCGAGCUCUACCCUUGGACUUGGCGGUGACGUUGUGUCCCCAUGAGUGACAGAACACUGAGCCAAUUACAGCGCAAUGCUCCUAUUUUUUUGCUGACUCUCCCCACCACAGAAAGCACUGAGCUAGUCUGAAACACCUGCAUGUUGGAGCUGCCUUACUCUAGAAAACAAAAAAGAGACCAUGUUUGUAUGCGGCUUUAUUAACUCAAUUAUAUAUAUUUUACAUUGUUUGCAAACUGAUAUGUGACACGUAUUAAUGACAAAAUAUGCGAAACAGGCAAGGCCCACCCAAAAAAACACAUGUGGGGCUCAAAACAGGGACCUGCCCUGAAUGAUGGGGCGUCACAGACCCCAUAAUGGCUACAUAAUAGAUUCACAGAUGUCACGCCUUUCCAUCUCUAAUGAGCAAGACAGACAAGAUAUGAUCUUUCCUCUUAAAUAGGAACUUGUUUCCCAUAAUGAAAACAUUAACAAUAAUUGCCAAUUGAGGCCCUAAAGGAGAAUUGAAGUCAUUUAUUUAUUUUAUUAGCUAGUAUGAACCAUUUUGGAGUGAAAUUACAUUCGGUUUUUUCAUAGGGAAGACAACCCUCUCUGGGGAAGACUUUGUAGGUGUGACUUCCGGAAAAUGUUCCGUCCUCAAUGUUCCGGUGAAACGCAGCGUUUUACUUCCGGUCGUUCCUGUCACAUGAAGCUAGUUCUCUGCUGGUAGACAUGCACUGAUUAAAAACACACACAAAAAAACUAUGACUUCGUCUGUUAACGGAAGAGUAUUGGAUGAAGAUAUGGACAAUCAAAUUGUACAGGCUGUGUGUGUAGAGGAUGGGAUAGGGGUGGUGUCGGGGUCGAUCGGGAUGUCAGACUUCUCCGAUGAGAUCUUGUUAAGUAUCCUGCGCUAUGUCUCGACCUCUGACCUCGUGAAUAACGUUUCCCGGACCUGCCGCAAGCUACACACUCUCUGCCAUGACAAGACACUGAUGACCACGGUCACACUGUCUGAAGAAUACACGGCAGAUGACGGCGCUAUUCGCCAGGUGCUGAAGCAUCUAUCCAAUCACGUGCAGUCCCUCAGCCUUAGCGGCUGUUAUUGGCUGUCGGGUUCUACCAUCGACCGCCUGAUUCGCUGUCGCUCCCUGGUGCGUCUGGACCUAUCAGGUUGUCGCGUCACCUCCCUGCGUCUGUCCCGCCUCCUCUCAUCCCUCCCCAUCCUCCGAUCUCUCGCUUUUGACGUAUCGCCUGGCUUCGAUUCCGCCCAGCUGAGUGGGGAGGCCCGUGAUUCGCUGUCUCGGCUGUCGGAGCUGAGACAGACGGUCCUGACGCCCAGUUACGGGGUCGUUCCCUGCUGCUCCAGCCUCUUCAGUCUGCAGCUGCAGCUGGACAUACCUGACGUCACCAGGGAGGGUACCAGUAUGUGUUGCCAGUUGAUGAUGGGUCAGAGCAGUGUUCCUCACUACCAACAGCUGGAGGAGUUUACUGCCUGUCUGGCACCUGGAGAGGUGAACCAGACUCUCCUCCUCCUCUACCUCGCUGUGUUCAGUGUUCGUGUUCCGGAGCGUCUCCGCUCCUUCCUGGUUUCAGUUCCUGGUCCGAACCCCGCCCACUGGCCUGCUGCGUUCUCAUUGGCCCAUAGCCUCGUUCAGCAUGGUGACCUGGAAGCCCUGCAGUUGCCUCGCUCCUGGUUGGACGCCACGUCGCUAGGACGGGUCCUUCUUAGCAACGCUCCCAAGCACCUGAACUUCUCCCGUUGCCCCACGUUACGACAAACUGUCAUCCAAUCGCUGACUGGCACUGGAGUGAGAGACUCGACGCGAUUGGUCAGCCUGAAUCUUAGUGGUAUAGGCCACACCUCCAAUUAUCCAGAGUGCAGUAGAGCGCGGGGAGAGGAGGAGCUUGUUGCCGAGGCGAUGAGCCGGCUGGUUAUUUGCUGUCCCAAUCUGUCACACCUCAACCUGUUACACACACACUAUCACCAUGACAACGCACACACACCUGGGCUGGAGGCCAACACACACCUGUGUACCAGCCUGUCUAAACUCACACACCUCCGUUCUCUGGCGCUGCCCGCGUGCGCCCUGUCGGACGGGUCACACACACCGUCCCCUUCCCCCUCCCCCUCCUCUCUGCUGCUGGGACUGAGGAAGCCGUCCCGCGUGGGGCUCCAGACCUACAGGCCAGGCUCCGGGGACUCUCUCCCCAGGGAGGGCACCUCUGGGCUGGGUACCCUGCUGGCCGGCUGCCCCUGUCUGGAGGUUCUGGAGAUAACAGGACCGGGCUUCAUCUCCGCACUGCCGCGUCUUGAGCCCUGUGCCAGGGUGUGUGUGGAUCAGAGGACGUGUGUGAACGCUCGCGGGGUGGGGGACACGCACGUUGCGGCUCUCCGGGGGUUCCGGGGGCUGCGGAGGCUGACGCUGGCGGGGCUGCCGGGGGUCCUGAAGGGGACUGGGCUGGUACAGGUGGCUGAGCACUGUCGGGACCUACAGGCAUUAUCUCUGGCCAACCUGGGGUCCUUAAAGACCUGGAGCUACAGCGCCUCCCUGCUGGACACACUGAGGAACUGCACCCAGCUCACACAGCUACGGUUGGAGCAGCCCUACCUGGUGUGUAACGGUGCAUUCUGGGAGGCGUUGUCAUGUUGUUCUCGUCUCCGCCGCCUCUGUCUCAUCUCGCGGAACGGAACCUUCCACCCCGCUGCCGUGGUUACCUUCAUGGAGUGUUGCCGUGACGUCAUGGUGUGUCACAUGUUCUUGGGCGGAACUCUGGUGGCGUGUCGGACGCUACAGAAAACACUGCUAGACCGGUUCUCUGUGGAGCGUCCGGCCCUCAGUGUGGUCAUCUACCCUCUGCUCCAUGAAGACCUUCCAUUGGUCAUCAGAGACAUGCCCCUCCCACUGCUCGAUCAACUGACCCUCUUCCAAAGCCGCGUUGCCCAGGCCCCGCCCUCGUUACAAUUGUGACACCAGAGAGCAAAGAGGCAACUAGCCAAUCAGAGCCCCUCAUCACCAUGGUGAUGCCAGAGAGUGAAGAAGCAUCUAGCCAAUCAGAGCACCUCAGACCUCAUCACCGUGGUGAUGCCAGUGAGUGAAGAAGCAUCUAGCCAAUCACAGCCCCUCAGACUAGAGGUCUUCACGAGUUCAAAAGGUUGGACCUGUCCCGAACUGGACCUGGGACUGUCCCACCCGAACCCGAAGUGCAUCAAUUAUUCUAUUUAAUAUAGAGACUGAGGACUACUAGACCCUUUUCAUAUUGACAUGGUUGGAUCCAGACCCGAUCUGAGUCAGGAAAAAAGAAAAGUCAUAUUUUUUAAACUACUUUAUUAAUCGAAGCCGAUGAAGUGUGAGAGGAGGGAGAGAGACGUGCCUCUAGCAGGGAGGGAGAGAGACGUGCCUCUAGCAGGGAGGGAGAGAGACGUGCCUCUAGCAGGGAGGGAGAGAGACGUGCCUCUAGCAGGGAGGGAGA